UUCCGGGGACGCCCAGGUGGCCGGCGGGGCUGAGCCGGCAGCGUGGACUGGCGGAGCGGAGCCGGCUCUGUCCCCCGGCAGACAUCGGCUCCCGGAGAUGGCGUCGGUCUCCAGUGGCAACCAGGACUGCUACUCCCCGCUCGAGCUCUUCAAUAGGAUCGCGGUCCAGGGCGAGCUCGUAAGGACCCUCAAGGCCAGCAGUGCGCCCAAGGAUGAGAUUGAGUCUGCAGUGAAGAUGCUGCUCUCGCUGAAGACCAGCUACCGAACUGCCAUGGGGGAGGAGUACAAGGCCGAUUGCCCCCCAGGAAACCCAGCCCCCAGGGGGAACAGCGCCCCAAAAGCUGACGAGGAAGAAGAGGACUUUGUGGACCCGUGGACGGUGCAGACCAGCAGCGCGAAAGGCGUGGACUACGACAAACUCAUCGUUCGCUUCGGGAGCAGUAAGAUCGACAAGGAGCUGAUAAACCGAGUGGAGAGGGCCACCGGCCAGAGGCCGCACCGCUUCCUCCGCCGUGGCAUCUUCUUCUCCCACAGGGAUAUGAAUCAAGUUCUGGAUGCCUAUGAAAACAAGAAGCCUUUCUACCUGUACACGGGAAGGGGCCCCUCGUCUGAAGCCAUGCACGUGGGACACCUCAUCCCUUUCAUCUUCACAAAGUGGCUGCAAGAUGUGUUCAGCGUGCCCCUGGUCAUCCAGAUGACGGACGACGAGAAAUACCUGUGGAAGGACCUGACGCUGGACCAGGCCUAUGGCUAUGCCGUGGAGAACGCCAAGGACAUCAUCGCCUGCGGCUUCGACAUCAACAAGACCUUCAUCUUCUCCGACCUGGCGUACAUGGGGUCGAGCCCCGCCUUCUACAAGAACGUGGUGAAGAUUCAGAAGCACGUGACCUUCAACCAGGUGAAGGGCAUCUUCGGCUUCACCGACAGCGACUCCAUCGGGAAGAUCAGCUUUCCAGCCAUCCAGGCUGCCCCCUCCUUCAGCAACUCCUUCCCUCAGAUCUUCGGGGACAGGAGUGACGUGCAAUGCCUCAUCCCGUGCGCCAUCGACCAGGACCCAUACUUCAGGAUGACGAGGGACGUGGCGCCCAGGAUCGGCUACCCAAAGCCCGCCCUGCUGCACUCCACCUUCUUCCCGGCGCUGCAGGGCGCCCAGACCAAGAUGAGCGCCAGCGACCCCAACUCCUCCAUCUUCCUCACCGACACCGCCAAGCAGAUCAAGACCAAGGUCAACAAGCACGCCUUCUCGGGGGGCCGGGACACCGUGGAGGAGCACCGGCAGCUGGGGGGCAACUGCGACGUGGACGUGUCCUUCAUGUACCUGACCUUCUUCCUGGAGGACGAUGACCGACUAGAGCAGAUCCGGAAGGACUACAGCAGCGGCGCCAUGCUCACGGGCGAGCUGAAGAAGGAGCUGGUGGACGUGCUGCAGCCCCUCAUCGCCGAACACCAGGCACGGCGCAAGGAGGUGACGGACGAGGUGGCGCUGCGCUUCAUGGCGCCCCGGCCGCUCUCCUGCUUCCAGUGACGCCGCCGCCCGACCGCCCACCCGGCAGGAGCUGUCCCCAGCCGCGCCCCCAGCUCCAGACAGACCCCACUCCCCACUCUGCACUCCCGCGGCCCCCCUGCAUGUGCGGGGUCGCAUCCCGGCGGCUGGCCUGUGAAAUACAACGUGCUCAGAAGCCGGU